CUUAAUUGCCUGAAAAAUGAGUCAAUUAUUUGUGACAACACUUUCAAAUGUCCUAAUAAUCCCACUGGAGAUGUGCCACAGCCCCCGUUUUACAAAGGACGCAGCUGGGGCUCCGAGAGGCUCAGUACCGUGGCCGAAGCACGCACGGUGAACAGAGCGGACAGGUGGACACAACCUGAUUCCAUAGCCCGAGCUCUGCACCGUCAAUCUGCCUCCGUCCGCGAAGACCCUCACCCCCGGGACAACCUGCCGGCUCUCAGGCGCACAGUCUGGGCGCCUAGCAACGUGAGCCAGGUGGCCCUCCUCGUCCUGGUGGCACGCUUCGCCCACCUGAGCAGGGAGCCCCGAGAGCUCCUGGCUCCCGGGGCAGCAGGUUGGGUGACAGCUCGGGGUCCCUGCGUCUUGUCUCCGCAGCUGGGCUUCGAGGAUGUGAUCGCAGAGCCGGUGACUACGCACUCCUUUGACAAAGUGUGGGUCUGCAGCCAUGCCCUCUUUGAAAUCAGCAAAUACGUGAUGUACAAGUUUCUGACGGUGUUCCUGGCCAUCCCCCUGGCCUUCGCUGCUGGAAUUCUCUUUGCCACUCUCAGCUGUCUGCACAUCUGGAUUUUAAUGCCUUUUGUAAAGACCUGCCUAAUGGUCCUGCCUUCAGUGCAGACAAUAUGGAAGAGUGUGACAGAUGUUGUCAUUGCUCCGUUGUGUACAAGCGUAGGACGAACGUUCUCUUCUGUCAGCCUGCAACUGAGCCACGACUGAACACUUGGACCCAGGUCUGGAGAUUUGGAUACUGUAACACUUCCUUGUUGUAACAUACAAGUGCUACUGUUCUACUCAUUUCCCAACUGUUCUAAUUAAGAAAACUAUUAAAAUGGGCAACCACACUUAGAAAUGUUUAUUGGCAGAGCUUUUCAAAUAAUGUUUUUCACAUUAAUAGCUAAAGAUUUAAUAUCUAACUUUAUAACUAGAAUUAUACAGUAGGUUGAAAACAUUUCAUUUUAAAGACAAAUAAUUUUUGCUUUAGUACAAAAGUAUACAUUUUAUAAUGAUGAAUUUAUAUUGAUUGAGGGACACUGCUCCCAGAAAACAAUAGUUUUGUGCACAAUUGCUCAUAAAAAUGUGGGAUUGUUUUUUAGUCUGGGAGUAAUACUUUUUAAAUUACCUUUACAGUUAUAAUCAUGGGACAUUUAGAGAUAGGCUACACAAAGAUCUUAGAAAUUGCUGUUACAGAAGCACACAGUGAUGACAGUAACUAUCAAAUAUAAUAAACAAAUGUGAAAAUAGAAUCAUGAAAAUGUAUUCUUUUAAGGUAUUGUUAACCUACAGGCCUAUUUAACAAGAUGUUUCAUUUUACUGUAUAUUUUGUACUUAAUGUAAAUGUUGCUCUAAUCAGAUUGCUUUAAAGCAUUUUAAUUAUAUUUGUUAUCUUGUUGAACUAAUAUAUAGUGUGAGUAAAUGUAUCUCUCACGAAGUAACUUUAUUGGUAAGAUGACACUUUCUUGAUUAUGUAAGCAUUUAUAUAUCAUCUUUGAGAACAGAACAUAAGAGGGUUAUAUACAAGGCUUUCCUUUCUAACUUCUCUAAGCAAAAUCCUGAAAGUUUUGACUGAUGUUUAUCUGGCUUUGAUCUUAAAAUAAUUCAUACCUAAUUGGUAUUUCAUCUAGGAGAUGCUUUCUCUCUUGCAGUUAAACAUUAAACCUGUAUUCUGUGUUCCUAUUAAUGUUCCACUUUACUUUCAAGUAAUAUUGGUGCUAUUUAAUGACAUCUUAUAAUAAAAGCUAUUUCUGACACAAAUACAAUUUCAACUAUAGUGAUUCAUGUAGAGAGACUUACAGGAGAGUCAACUUGUUAGGUUCAUGCAACUGAGCUACACGCAUAAAUUGAAAACUAACAGUUAGAAACGUUUAAGAUAUUCUCUAAUAUAGAUUUUCUAAAAUAGUAUAUAGUAAUUCUUAUCAUUUUUGAGUUGCAGAGUUCUAUUUCAGGGUUUUGAGGCUCUACUGCUUUAAAAAUCUCAUUAUUCCAAAAUGAUAGAUGUGUAUAAAACAUGGCUAUGAUUUCAGUAGUUGCUAUAAUGUACACAUCUCAAAAGUGUUUAAAAUGCUCAAAUUACAGAACGACCAUCAGAACCUGAGUUAACAUUCCUUUGAAUAUCCUCAUAAGUGGCAACUCUUCAUUCAGUGAAGAUUAAUAAGAUAUUUCAAAAUUGCCAGGACCGGUAAAUAUAAAGGAUGAUUGAACUGGAAUAUUAUUGGGAACCAAAUUAAGUGUGUGACUGAAUUAUGAAGCUCAUACCCUUUUGAAGGUAGUUAACAGAGACAUUUUUAAACUCCAUUGGGCCAUAUCCUUGGAGAGACUCUCAUGAUCAUUACCUUAAAGCAUUGCCACUCAUUUGACUGUGUGGAUCUUACUAUCUUAGUUAAAAAGGUCAAUCAGUCUCAUGACUUUAUACUUAUACUUUGUGUUUAAAAUGGUUUUUUUUUUAAACAUUUGGAUAUUUUGAUAAGUCAAAAGUAUUUGAUUAAUAAAAUAUCUAUUCUAAUAAAUCAUGAGCUUCUAUCAUUUCAUAUAGCUAUUGGCAAGUUUUUAAGCCAAAAUAUAUAUACAUAGUCACAUAACAAAACCUUUUAACCUCUAACAAGUGAUACAUAUCAUUUCAUUAUUUCUGAACACUACUGAUUACUUUCAAAAUGAAUUUUUAUUGAAAUCUUCCAUUAAUUAUUUUAUUUUAAAGACUCAAAUUUUGUGCCAAGUGAAUCCAGGUUUUAUAUGCAAACAGGCUGGUUCUUUAUUUGGAGCAGAGGGAAGUAGAUGAUGAGUAAACUUCUUCAUUAUUCAUAAUAAACUUUUUUAAACCGA